AUGUCUGGUCCAACCAGUGAAUCUAAUCCAAAUACUUCCAAUGAAUACCAGCAAGAAUCAAUGGAUUUGAGCCUUCCCAACCGAAUCCAACAGCAGCCAAUGGAUCAACUCAAUCCAAAUACUCCCGGUCCAAACCAGCGACCGACUGUGAUUGUAUUUGGUCCAGAUAUUCUCAAACAAGGCCGAAAGCGCAUGAUUGAUUUAACCACUUCCGACCAAGACCAACAACAACCAACAGAUGUAGCUGGACCGAGCACUGCCAAACGAGGUCAAACACAACCAAUUGAUCAGCCCAGCCCAAGUACUUCCAACCAAAACCAGCAACAACCAAUGAACAAAGUCGAGCCUGCUAAUACUGGGUCGAAUCAAGUUACUAAAUUAAGCAAAAAGGAUCAGAUAAUCCUUGAUGAUAUAAAGAAAAAUCUUGAAGCGUCUAAAGAAUUACGAAAGAAAAAACUCAAAGACUAUCAUAAAUCUAUGGCUUUUGGAUACAAACAAUGGUCAGUGUUGGGAAAAAAGGAAGAUAUAUUUGUAUCAAAGUACGAUCCAGACACUGAAAAGAAAGCAAAACAAGAGUAUAAAAAGGCAAGGUAUAGAGUAAACAGUAUCAGAAAACAAUUGAAAAACUUUAUGAUAAAGCAUGGUUUGGAAAUCGAAGAACUGGGUUUGGAUUUGGAUUGA